AUGGUCGUCGUCUCUGGGUCCCCAUGGGCCAAAAAGGUCGCAUUCAUCGUCAUAUCCGUUAACCUCCUCUUCUGGUGGUACUGUUUUUCCGUCCCUCAAUCCGACGACGUCAAUCCACCACCACCACCAUCGAGAAUACAACGAUCAGAAGCCAUACCUGAAGUAAUCACAAAGAAAAAGGCGAAAGACGAAGUCAAAGAAGUCAAAGAUGAAUCGACCACCGAUAAAAAGGGCUUCAAGACGUUUCGCUCCUGGAGUCACUUCGAAAUCACCAGACCUAGCAAUGACAAGACGUUUAUCUUUCGUCGUUUCAAAAGCUCGCCGCAUAACCCGCCUCAUGUCGAAUGGAACCCCAACGGGGGCGAACUCUCAAAGGGAUACGUCUUUAUCACACCACAAUCCACAGGGGAGGACAAGGGGAUUGCGCAGGCAGCUUCGUUCAUCAUGAAGCAAAACGCAGAGCUUGUUUAUGCGCACGACGACCAACCGCUUGCUUCAGAAGGCUUUCGCGUGCAGAAUAUCAACAAUGAGCAGUUUCUCACGCUGUGGCGCGGUGAGAGAAAGGGUGCGCAUGGAUUUGGGGAGGUGGUUAUUAUGAACAAUCAGUAUGAAAAGACAAUUAUCCAUCUUGAUGCGAUCAUCAACAAUAUGUUUGGGCACAAGUUCAAGGGACAGUUGGACUUUCAUGAGCAGGAGUUGACGACGAGGGGAACGAUCUUGGUCACGGCUUACAACACGACUUCGUACAACCUCACUGCCAUGGGCGGUUCAGAACGAGGAUUCGUGUCGGACUCGAUGUUUUUCGAGAUCGAUAUCGAGACGGAGGAAGUACUCUUCAGCUGGAGCGCCCUCGAUCACUUCUGGCCCGAAGAUUCCAUGCUACCUCUCAUCACAGCUUCUGGCUGCGGUACACCAAUGUCACCAUACGAUUUCUUCCAUUUAAACUCCGUCCAAGCCAUCAACCACGAUUCCUUCCUCAUCAGCAGUCGCAACUUCUGGUCCGUCUUUCUCAUCUCUCGCUCAACGGGUAAAGUCCUCUGGGAACUAAGAGGAAACACCAAGGGCGGCGACUUUGGCGCUAUGCCACCCCAUGGACGCUUCCGAUGGCAGAACCACGUUCGUGCGGUUGAAGCUUCAACGCAAGGAAUGGUGAUAAGCAUGUUUGACAACCACAAUAGUCCCGAGGAUAUUACCAAGACGCAUUCUCGGGGUUUGCUGUUGAAGAUAAAGCUGCCGCCAAAGGUUGAUGAGAGGCCAGAGGUUUUGCGCAUUCUUUCGCCUGAUCGCGCAAAGGUUGCUACGCAGGAUGGGAGCUACCAGAUUGGACUUAGCAAUGGGAACUCGUUUAUGAGUUGGGGUGCUGGUGGUGUUGUGCACGAGUAUGGACCUGAAGGCGGGCAUGAUCUUCGCUGGCAAGCGCGCUUUGGGCAUGACGAGUCAAUCCGAAGUUAUCGCGCCUUCAAAGACGUUUGGACAGGCACGCCUAUAACAUGGUCGCCAGCACUAGUCAUCGAAAAGGCUGGUGACUCAGUUCUCGGACGAGUUGUAUUCUUGUCGCGGCUGUGA